UGGCAUACUAAUGCACUAUACACACACAACCCCCAAAAGAACAACGAUGGGUCCAUCGUCUUUUCAUCUUUUUGAUCUGAAUAAUCCAACACGAAAAAGUUAAAUAAAACGACACAUGCACAGAGAGCACAUAUUGCCUGUGGACUGAAGGCUAUAAACCUACUGGACGGGCGAGAGCAUGCUGGCCAUGAUGGCAGAGACUGAAGUCGUAGAAGAAGAAGAAGAAGAAGAAGAAGCAGCAGCAGAAAGAGAAGAAGAAGAAGGAGAAUGUGGGAAGACUUACUUCCGGUUCUACAGUGGAGAGAAGAGACAGUGGGCCAGAGGGCUGGAAGCAUGCCUUUCUUACACGGAUUCAGGCGCAUCGUUUACGAGUACCAGCCGCUAGUGGACGCUGUGCUGUGUGCAGUGGGGCUGCAGGAGGAUGCCGGAACCAAAACAGAGAGGUCCACUGCAGAGGAUGGUGUGUCUGACUCCUUGGAGGAGGUGCUGGCGAGGGAGGCGCAGUCUGCUGUGUUUGUGGAGGGCAUCAGCUGCGCCCUGUUCAAGGUGGCGGAGGGCGGCCUGGUCGGAGCCGCCGAGGUGCUGCUGCGCUACGGAGCCGACCUCAACUUUGAGGACCCGGUGUCCUACUACAACCCUCUUCAUAUAGCAGUGCUGAGGAACAGACCCCUCAUGGUGCGCCUGUUGGUCCAGCACGGGGCCGACGUCAACAAGAGAGACAGGAUUCAUGAGAGUAGUCCACUGGACCUGGCAUGUGAGGAAGCAGACAGACUGCCGUGUCUGCGCGUGCUGCUGACUUUGGGAGCGAAUGUUAACGCCCAGGACAAGAACGGUAAAACAGCUUUGCUUCAUGCCCUGGCCAGCAGUGAUGGACUCACAGUGAAGAACACUGACAACAUCAGACUGCUACUUGAAGGAGGCGCCAGUGUCCAGGCAUGCACCAGCGAUGAGGAGACGGUGAUGUCUUCUCUGGUAUUCCUGGUGAAGGAGACUUUCGACAGUUCGGACGAGGACGCCGCUGAGAUUGGGCGCUUCUGCUUGUGUGUGACUGAGCUGCUGCUGGACCACGGUGCCGACCCGAGCUGUAGCUGGUCCCCCAGGGGGCCAGAGGGCGCUGGAGAGGAAGAGGAGGAGGAGGAGGAGGAGCAUGCGGAGCCCUCGCUCACACAGACCUGCCUGGAGCACUUUGACCUGCUCUUCCCCCUGGCUGUGCUGCUGCUGCAGCGCGGCGUCUCCCUGCAGUGCCCACGCCACGGCGCCCCCUGCUGGUCUGGCCCACAGCUGCUGCUCCGGCGCCUGGAGGCUGCGCUGCGGGAGAGCUCCAGCGCUGCUGAGUCAGCAGACCUACUGGCCCGGGCUGAGGCCCUGCUGGACCUGGCCCAGACCUGCUGCACCCUCACCCUCCCUGUGGAGCCCCCCCACCCCGUUCCGCACCCCCAUCCGCACCCCCAGCCCCCCCCCGAGGCUGUGCUGGAGCUCAGGGCCCAGCUCGUGGAGCAGGAGACGCGGCCCCCUCCCCUGCGCCUCCUCUGCCGGAGGCUCCUGCGCCGCUGCCUGCUGCCGUGGCCCCUGGAGCCCAAGGUCCGGCAGCUGCCCCUGCCCGACCGCCUCAAAGACUUCCUGCUGCCCGAGACCAGCAUGCAGCGCAGACCACGGUGGGACCGCUGCCGGCCCAGCCGCAACCCCCCGCUGAUGAGACGCUAUACACCAGCACCAUAGCUUGGGCCAGACAGAGCCACAGGCAGACUGCAUUCUGUGCCAGCAGCUCAGUGUGAUGGCCGUGGGGGUGAGGGGGCCUGUGGUUACCAUAGUGCCACGUGAAGCCAGUGGUUCCUUCACACAGACACAGACACACACACACACACACACACGUGCCUUACAAAAGUGCCACGUAAAGCCAGUGGUUCCUUCACACACACACACACACACACACACACACACACGUACGUUACCAUAGUGCCACGUGAAGCCAGUGUUCCACUGGGGAGCAGAAAGAAGUGCACUGCUCAUUUCUGAU